AUUUUAUUAUGUUAAAGAAAAAAUAAAAUAAAAUUGCUAAACAUACCCCUUUCCUUUCCCCCUCGUGCAGCAACUGAAAGCCGUCUCCCUCCCACCUCUUUUCGCAGUCUUACUCUUCGUUGGCUUCCCCUCCCGCCCUCCGCCAGCAAGGUACAGACAGAAGAUGGCAUUAAGGCAAAUGCUAUUCAACACCAGAUCAAUGUUUUCGACACCGGGGUUGGCCAGAUUCUCCACCAAAUCAAACCCAUACCUAGUGAAAGUUGGGAUACCAGAGUUUUUGAAUGGCAUUGGCAAUGGAGUGGAAUCCCAUGUAACCAAGCUUGAGUCUGAGAUCAGAGACUUCCAAAAGUUGCUUGUCAUUCGUACUCUCAGGCUGAAGAAACUUGGCGUCCCUUGCAAGCAUAGGAAGCUCAUCUUGAAACACACUCACAAGUAUAGGCUAGGACUCUGGAGGCCUCGAGCUCAGCCCAUCAAACCCUAGUUAGUUUAGGAGUAGCGCGUCCUUUACACAGAUUUUGUCUGCUGCAAAAUGUGACUGUCGGACACUUGAUGUUCUGAGAUUUGAAACAAGAGUUUUACUUGUUUGUUAGUCGUCCGUCUCCUUUAUUUAAUUUAUAAUGAAGUUUAGUGCUUUAGGUAUUGUUUGGUAUGCAGAUGGGACGGAACGGAAUGGGACGGGAUGGGACCGAACGGAGAUGGAGCAAAGAUGCCCUCAGAUGGAAACAAGGGGGAAGAAAAAGGAAACAGAGAGGUUAUAAUUUUGUGUUCCACGAAUAUGGAAAUAGUCAUUCCAGGGGGUGAAGCGGAACGAAAAUUCAUCCAAAAUUCGUCCCAUGGAACAACGCAUUCCACCCAUUUUAGGCGCAUCAAAUGUGCCUCGUCCCACUCCAUUCCGUCCUGUCUCACGUACCAAACGGUACCUUAGUGUCUGAUAUACUGGAUGUUCAGUUUCAUAAAUAACAAUAAUUUUUUAGCACAUUUAAUUACGUAUUGCUCUUCGCAUCU